AUGUCUUCCUACUUUUUUUCUGCGCACCAUCCGCACCACGGAAGCCAACACCAACACCAGCAACACCAGCAUCAGGUCCCACAGCAACAUCAGCAGCAGCAACAGCAGCAACAGCAGCAGCAGCAGCAACUUCAGCAACAGCAACAUCCGGCUCCUCCAACCCAUAUUGCCCAGCAUGCUGUCCACACCCACCACGGCGGCCGAUCUCGCCGCACCCAGAAAGUUGGUGGCCAGAAUGCUCAAAGGCAAUUUCGUGGGGUGAAGAGCAUGCGAGAAUUGGCUGAAGCCCCUGCUAUCACUGCCUUUCGUGCUCGUUUUGAAGCUGGCCGGUCUUUUGACCUGGAUGAUGAUCUGGAAUUUUGUCCCAAUCUUUUGACGGAAGACGACCUCCAUUCUAUUGCUUCUUCUGCUUCAGAUCGCUCGUCCCUUGCCAGCGUUUCUCCGGAUUCCUCCCCGCUCCAGCACCAGAUUCAGCCGGCCCACCAGAUUACUCCCGCUAUUUCCUUAUCUUCUGCCGCUUUGAGUUCCUUCAACCCAAAUAAUUUUAAUCAUAUGAAACUCCAUCAACCUUCUGCCGUUCGGACACGAAACGCCAUUCCUAUUGUCAAUCCGAGUACUGGAAUGCGUGUAUCCAGUCCCCCAUCCUCCAUUUCCCCCGGCAUGAUGCAGACUGACCAACGUCGAUGGUAA